AGUAAAUGGUUAUAAUAAAGGUUAAAGAUGAUGGCGAUGACCACGAUGAGGAUAGUGGAAAUAGGUAAGAAUGAAAAAAGAAGAGAAGAAGCAAUUGUGUUUCCGAUCGAUGAAAGUGUAUUUGUACCAAAAAAGGUUAACAAAGACAGUGUUGAAUGUAUGUAAGUUUCAAUUGAAGGUUAACUCAUCAACAGGCAGUAUUGACCAUCGGCCAAUUGACCACUUUGCUAUUUUCAGCUAUAAUGCAAUAUAUGGUAGCAUGCGAGAGAGAGAGGGAGGGGUGAUCAGAGGGAGCGGACUAGAAUGAGGAUAAAAGGAAGUGAACACUAUUCUUGGUCAUUCAAUUGUUCAUUUUUAUUUGGCAACUGACCAUAACAUUGUCUUGUUUUACCGGCUCUUAGCUCACAAGUCUCGUAUUCUCGGUGCCGUUGAGCCUUUUAACAUCAUUUAAGUUAUCAUCAUCAUGAAUCAUUUUCCUUUUGGUUUUAAAUUUUCAGCUCCAACCCCACCAGAGUCACCACGAAACUUUGUUGAUGCACCAUUGGAUUUAACUUCAUCCAAUUCCAACCCAAGCAAUUCACCUUCACCACCAACCCUUACCAACACGAGUAAAUCACCUUCACCACCGACUCUUAUGCUAUCAUUGCCAUCAUGCUCUUACCAGGUGCCAUCACUACCAUCAUACCCUUUCCAAAUGCCAUCAACAUCAUUUAGUCAUUCAUCGCCAUCAACAUCCGGACGUAAGCGAGGCAAAAAAUCUGAUUGUGAACUAGUUAUUGCGCGAUCUAAGCGGGGUAAGAACAACUUUGCCGUUAAUCCCUCGGAUUCAAAUCAAUCGGCUCCAUCGCCGUCACUGUCAUGUUCAUCUGAAACAACGACACAAUCAACACCCGCACGGCAACGAAACAAAAUUCCGGAUGAAUUGAAAAACAAGGAAUAUCGCUUGAAACGGGACAAAAACAAUAUAGCUGCUAAAAAGUCUCGUGAUGCUCGACGAGCUCGAGAGCAACAGACGCAAGUGAAAGCUGAAACACUUGAGUAUGUUGCUCUUAUUUUAAAGACGGAAAACGAAAUGCUAAGACGAGAAGUGGAACGCCUUAAAGGAUAUGACACGGAUGAAGAGUAAAGGUUAAUUGUAUAAACUUGAUUAGGUUUACUAAAUUCUAGCACUUUUAUUCAAUUCCUCAUCUUAUCUGCAAUGAAAUAACUCUUUUUCUUUCAACCCUUUUCCUCAUCCUUUCAUCAUCUUCCACCAUCAUCUGCUUCUUUUGUGUUGCAUGCGUCUGCUUGACCAUUGCUUAUUAAAUUUAAAAAAUGUUAGUUAUCCGAACGCUAGUCUGAAAUGGACAAAUUGAUUAUUGUAACAGGUUUUUCGCAUACUUCAUUACCAUAAAUGUUUAAAAUAAAUCUUAU